AUGGAGCCCCUGAAGGAGAGGGCUGGGUGGUGCGCAGGGUACCGGGGGGAGGAGGCUGUCGCUGAAAUGAGACCCUUGCUGCAAGAGGACAUCGGCCAGGUGAGUGCCACCAAGACCACCCAUUGGGGUGCCUGAUCUUUUCUACCUGCCCCCCGUAUCCCUCUUUGGAGUUGUAGAGCCCUAAUAAGCCCAGCACCAGACUUGAUACAAUAGCAAGGCUCUUCUUGUGUAUGGAAACUCACAAUAAGUGCCGGAGAACGAUAGCCAAAACACUCUGAAUUCUGGCAACAGCAACAAUUCACAUGAGAAUAUUUCCUUCUGCAUUGGCUGAGGAUUGGCCACCCUUACGCCCAGUUCCAUUUCCCCUCUUUCUGCUGAUCCUCCAGCAGCAGCAGUAACUGGGAGAUCAGACCAGCACCCAUCAGAUUUCCAACAAUGGGUGACCCUAUGCCUCGCCAGCUAUAUUGGUAGGACCUCAUUCUGCUGUGUGUGGUUUCUUUCAGGACGGCAUUGCGAUGGGGGUUGAGCCUACAGGCUGGGGGACAGAUGACCCAGACUUAGAGGAGAAUGAGGUUGGCACAGAUCCUGUUCGGGUCAUGAUGUUGCCACUUCAAGCCCAGCAUGCCAUGGAGAAGAUGGAAGAAUUUGUCCUGAAGGUGAGUGACAUAUGUGGCUGGGAAGCGCCUGUGAGCAGUCCUGGCUCAAAACAAGCCUCCUUGGGCGCUCCCUGUUUUUCUUGCUUCACUCUUCCUCAGUUUUGCCCUGAGGAACUGGACACCACUUCUCCCCCUGGCUGUCUGGCCGUCCUCUCUUCUUCAUUUUAUGGGCUGCUACCCAAUCAGUGCUAAGGCAAACUGGGCAUGUCACAAAAGUGCCCACGGGUCUGAUAUUAUGACUUCAGCUACUGCCCAUUGGCCUCCUCCCCAGCUUCGCAAGGCGCAGGGAAGCUCAACAGUCACACAACCCUGGAGAAGAGGGGGAGAUGGAGUAGUGUAGUCGUGGGCAAGAGGCUCUCCUCUCUGCCAUGACACCCCGCUCUGAGCCAGCUCUCAGGGCCAAGCCCAACGGGGCAUAGUAUCUGGAAGCCAGCGAAGAGAAAGCAGCCCAGUGGUGCUCCCUCUCUCCUGAUGGGGUCCCCUGGAGGCCCUCGACUGAGGGAGGCCAUGGGCAAGGGAGAGAAGGCCACACAAAGUGCAAAAAGGACUGGCCUGAGGGGUCAGGAAACAGAAAAGGAGGCUGCUGCACAGGAGGAGGAGGAGGACUGCUGCUGGGUUCAGGCAAGUGACAACUAACAGGGUGGGGCUUUGAGGGCCUGUGGCAACCCCACUGGUUGGUUGACCUCAGAAUUAAUUGCAUGGUUUCACCAACCACUGCAUUUAUUUAUAUAUUUUAAGAUAUUUAUAUACCUUGGCAAAAAACCAACCAAAACCCACAAUAAACAAACAACCGUGGCAUUUAUAUAAGCACAUUUCAAAUGUUCAAAGCUUUACCAUAGCCCUGUAAGGUAGGCCAGCAUCAUUAUUGCCCCACAUUGCAAAUGGCAGGCUGAGAGAAUUGGCAGCACUGCUAAGGCCUACUGAGUGUGUUUAUGGUGAAGUGCCAAAGCAGACAAGAUGAAGCAAGAUUCUUAUUUGUAUAUUUACCUGUUUGCCACACUCAUGUGUAAUGAAUUUGGAGGUCUGGCUUGUUUAUUUAUUUUACACCAAAAGGUGGCAUGAGAAUGAUGGGAACGGGGACACCCACACAUUGCCACCUUAUCGUCUGCCCCGGUCUCCUGGGCUGCUUCACCUUCAGUGUCUGUCAGGCUGGGAGAAAAGUGCCUGGGCUAAUGGAGGUGGGAGCACCCCUUACUAUGCCCCAAACAUGCUCCUCCCCACACCUUAUACUUAGUGGGUCAGAUGCAUGAGCAACAAGCAUGGAAGCCCAGGUCGCCUCUGCUGUGGCCCUGAGGUGAGGAUGCUUGAACCAGGCUGCAGACUAAUACCCACUGACCUGGGAGUAAGCCCCAUUGAACUCAGUGGGACUCUGAAAAGGUAUUUAUGGGAUUGCCUUUGUUGCCAGAGUGUUGAGCGGGGAGGGAACUGCGUUCUGUUCCCCCUUCAGCCGUGAAGCUGAAUCCACAGAGAACUCUUGGCUUUGCUUCACCAAAGCAGCCCUGGAGGUUGUUGUUUUCUUUACAGAAUAUUCUCAGCACUCUCAAAAGCCACAUCUUCUGUGUUCCUUAUGAAAUGCAAUGACACUUUAAAACUUCCUUAUGCUUGCUGUAAAAAAAUUCUCUUUAGAGCAGUGUCCCCACCCCCAUUUUUUAAUAAAUAAAUGAAGCAUACAGAAUCAGCACACAUGUACAUACUUUUGAUACUGGGGAAACAGUUUGAUUUUAGUUUACUUUUUUGAAUUAUGGAGACACAGUUCACUCUUACAAAAGAUGAAUACCAUAUUAUUCUAGUUCAGCUCCUAGUAUAAUCAACAGGCAAGAUCCUUUCCUGUGCCUUAGCCUCAGGCUGCACUCACAUACUGCUCACUCUGCACCCAGUGUGCUCCCACCACGGGUAGCAGAAGUGGGGUACACACAUUAACCACAAUCCAUGCCUAUCCUUUAUCUACUGCAUGCUGUCAUUUUAAAAAAAUGAAGUUCUGUUUCAGUGUGUUUUUCCUCAAAACAGCUCCGACUGAAGUUCAAAAAGAGAACGGGCUAGCUGCGUUUUAAGCCAGUAAUGUCUACACAGCCUCCGUCUUUUCUCCCGUUGUAGGUCUGGGAGGGCCGCUGGCGUGUCAUGCCUUAUGAUGUGCUGCCUGACUGGCUGAAGGACAAUGACUUCCUCCUCCAUGGGCACCGGCCGCCCAUGCCCUCCUUCCGUGCUUGUUUCCGAAGCAUCUUCCGCCUCCACACGGAGACAGGCAACAUCUGGACACAUCUGCUUGGUCAGUCAUGCGGCUCUGCUCCGCACAGCAAGAACCUGGUGUGGUGGGGGAAGAGGAAGGGGGCAAUCUGGAUUAGCUCCCUUCUUCUUCUGUGUCUCACAUCAUAGCAAACUAUUGCAGCUUCAGAAUAUAGCUACCAUCUUCUUUGUUAAUAUUUUUUAAAAAUCAGCAUAAAAGAUACUUAACAGGCAACACAAAUAUGGCUCACUGAUGGUGUUUCCUGACAGUCUGCAUUCUAAUCACUAUGUUAGUGAGCUUCACUUUUCAUAUACAGUGGUACCUCAGUUUUUGAAUGUAAUCCGUUCCGGAAGACUGUUCAAAUUCUGAAACAUUUGAAAACUGAAAACUCAAUAGCUGACAGCUAGGCCUCAGGAUCUUGCACUCAGCGGAAGCUGCGUGGCAUGUUCGACUUUCGAGGCAUGUUCGAAAACUGAAGCACUUACUUCCGGGUUUACGGCCUUCAAAAACCGAAAUGUUCGUCAAUAGAGACGUUUGAAAACCAAGGUACCACUGUAUUAGUAAGCUUCAAUGUUUAUUGUGCAAGUACUCAGGGCAGAACAUUAGACUUGAUUACCUCUGUUUGCUUGUUUAUUUUGCAUAUGCACCUCUCUUGUGCUGCAGGGAAACUGUGUGUGAGAGAGAGAUAAGGGGGGAUGGGACACAGGUUCAGGUUUUUCCAGUUGACACCCCUGACUUCAUGGGGAAGUGACCACAGACCGCCAGGCCCAGAGACGGCCCCCUCCAGGUCUCUAUUUGUGCAGGGCUGCUGGUGACCUCUGCCUGCUUCUGGCAGAGCAGAGUCAUUUCCUCCAAAUUCCUGAGAGGACCACCCUUUCAGUGUGGUUGGGGUAUGUGGAGACACCUAGAAAGAGAUGUGGGCAGCUUUCUUCUCUUCCUCUCCCAGGGUUCCUCUUCUUCUUGGUCUUGGGCAUUGGAUACAUGAUCAGCCCCAACAUGAAGUACGUUGCCCCCAUCCAGGAGCGUGUUGUCUUUGGAAUGUUCUUCUUGGGAGCCAUCCUUUGCCUCUGCUUCUCCUGGCUGUUCCACACGGUCUACUGCCACUCAGAGGAGGUUUCCCGCACCUUCUCCAAGUAAGUCUACCGCCUGCCUGCUUCACCUGCCCCCCCCCCAGGUCUUCUGGGACACAUGGGAAGUGGGAGACGGUGAGGAGCGAGAGUAUCUUCCGUGGCACCGAAGCUCUCAAGAGACACAAGUGCUUGGAGCAUCAGUGGGGAGCUCUUCUCUGGCUGGCAAUAGAUGCACGGACGGUUUUAAGAGAGUCAAAGUCCUUGUGUUAGGGUGGCCAUGUGUCCUACUUUACAGAGGACUGUCCUCUAUUUCUGAAGGGCUGUCAGGGGCCAUCACUUUAUCUGAAGGUAUCCUCUAUGGGAGGGCUGCUCAGGCCAUGUGUGGUUUAAAUAUAGAGGGAGGGGGCCCUUGAAGUUGCCUCUCAGCCAGGGUGGAUUUGAUUUAAAUCACUAGGCAGUAAGACUUGAUUUAAAUUAUUUUUUUACAGAAAGACUCAUUCUUGCUGGUAUAAUCUUAAUAUUUACAACCAGAUGAAGGCUUCAUUUUUGGAAUAAUAAAUGUUCAGAGUAGUUUUUACAGUUAUAUCAAAAAUACUGAUUUGGUUAUACCAUUAGAAAUACAUAGAUAGAUAAUUAUGAAAUUAUUGUGAGGUUUAAGAAGUUAACUGUUUCUAUUUGGACAACUUUUCUGCUGUACUUGAUUGGAAGGAGAAAAAUAAUAAUUUUCUUAAUAACAAUUUAAACAAUUUAUUUAACUAAAACAAUAACAUUAUAGCAUAUGUAUCCAUAACUGAUGUAUCCAUAACUCCAUAAUUGAGUUUUAGCACACAUGAAAAACUUAAAACAAAUCCUUAUUUCCUAAUGAAUAGCCUUUGGACUAUCAUGUAACUUAAAUAGAAAACUAUCUUUAGAAAGAUUUUUUCCUCCAAAAGCAUUUUAUUUUAAAAAUCCAAUUUAAAUUUUAAAAAAUCCAAUUUAAAUAAUAAAACCCGAUUUUUUAUUUUAAAAAAUCAUUGAUUUUUAUCCGCCCUGCCCUCAACAGUUAGCAGCACCUGCUCAGAAGACAGAGCCAACUGGCAAGCUGUCCAAGUCUUCCCUACUAGGGUGAGGUGGUGUUCAUUUCCAUUUAAUUACCGUAAUUAUUUCUUAAUUUGCAGCUGUGCGUAUAAGUUACCAUGUGCAAAUUUUAUGCAGAUUGGUGCCCUCCUUUUUGCCCUGUUUUGUGCUGAUGUAUCGCUCUGUCCUUCUGUGCUGCCAUAAUGCCAAGCAUUGAGAGCCAGUGUGGUGUUGUGGUUCAGAGCGGUGGAUUCGUAAUCUGGUGAACCGGGUUCGCUUCCCCGCUCCUCCACCUGCAGCUGCUGGGUGACCUUGGGCCAGUCACACUUCUCUGAAGUCUCUCAGCCCCACUCACCUCACAGAGUGUUUGUUGUGGGGGAGGAAGGGAAAGGAGAAUGUUAGCCACUUUGAGACUCCUUCGAGUACUGAUAAAGUGGGAUAUCAAAUCCAAACUUUUCUUCAAACUCUUCUAGCAUACAGUCCCUGUGCCUCAAUGGGGUCUACCCUGGGCUCCCCCUUUUAAAGAAAUUUCUAGCAUGUCGAUCAGCAUCAGCUGGCUAGGUCUGGGAGCCCCCUUUAAAUUUCCCACAAUGCCCCCCAACCCAGUGCUGCCUGGGGCAGCAUGAGAAAUUCAAGCAUCUCCCACAUUGGCCUCAGCAGCACAUGCCAUGUGAGGGGCAUCAUGGGAAAUUCAAGCAGCCUCCUGGUGCUGGGGGAGGGCUGCCUGCUCUGUCUGUCUACUGGCAAGCCCACCCUGCUUUCUGUUGUGCAGACUGGAUUACUCUGGAAUCGCCCUGCUCACCAUGGGCAGUUUUGUUCCCUGGCUCUAUUACUCCUUUUACUGCUCACCUCAACCCCAACUCAUCUACCUCGUCAUCAUUUGUGUCCUGGGCGUCACGGCCAUCAUGGUGUCGCAGUGGGACCAUUUUGCCACCCCACAGUACCGGGCCGUCCGAGCAGGUAAUCAUGCACAAUUGUCGAUUUGGCAUUGCUUGUGAUGGAUCGGGCCCCAUUGGAGGAUUUCCUUAGAACACACCCAUGUAGUUAGAAAGCCGUAGGCUCUGAAAGUGCCAGAACACAGCUGGACCCUCAGAAUAGAUCUCAUUCUGAUAAAUGAAUUUCCCAGUUGAGAUAUAGUACUUCUACACCAGGAAUCACUUUGGAAAUCAAGCUCGGUUAAAAUAGUUCUGUUUACUAGCAAAAUACAAUUUUUUACAGAGCAAAAGCUUAACUUGAGGGUAGUGCAAAAAUACAACCAGGAUGAUCCAGGGUCUGGAAACCAAGCCUUCUGAGGAGUGGUUGAAGGAGCUGGGUAUCUUUAGCCUGGAAAUGAGACUGUGAGGAGAUAGGGUAGCCAUCUUCCAAUAUCUCAAGGGCUGCCCCAUGGAAGAGGGAGCAAGCUUGUUUUCUCCUGCUCUGGAGGGGAGGACCUGAACCAAUGGCUUCAAGCUCCAAGAAAGGAGAUUUGGACUAAACAUCAGGAAGAACUUUCUGACAGUCAGAGCUAUUUGAUAGUGGAAUGGCCUCCCUUGGAAGGUGGUGGACUCUCUUUCCUUGGAGGUUUUUAAACAGAGGUUGGAUGGCCAUCUGUCAUGGAUGCUUUAGCUGAGAUUCAGCACUAGAUGGCCCUUGGGGUCCCUUCCGAGUCUAGAAGUCUAUGAUUCUGUGACAUGGCCAAAGUGUGCAGUAACACGUUGUUAAAGGCAUUUUUCCCACUUGGAAGCUAGUAACAGGAUUAGUACAUAACAAUGUGUGGAACUAGCGUAGCAUAAUGGCAAAAAGUUUAGUGGGAGAGCCAGACUUUAGUUCAAGUCUCAUCCUAUGGCUAUAGAUGAGGGUUAGCCAAUCUAGCACCUCUAUAUAUUGUUGGACUCCAACUCUCUUCAACCCUGACCACUGGUCAUGCUGGCUGGGAAUGAUGGGAUCUGGAGUCUAGCAAUCUGAAUUCCAUGGAAUAUUUUAAUACCUAUUUUUAAUACUAUCCUGUUUUAUUUUAUACUGUUGUAAAAUGCUUAGAGAUUUCAUUUACAGUGAAAUGGCAUACAAAUUUUAAUAAAUAAAUUAAAUAAAAAUACAAUUAAAAAGCAUACAGCAUCUAGCACAGUACAGUACAAUUGUUACCACAGACAGAAAAUCAUUGAGGGGUCUGUCAAGACCCCUAGCAAUUUUCAAGUGGUCCUGGUGCAGGAGCAGGGAGUCUGGGAACCAUUGGUCUAGAUAAUUCGGCUUCUUUGUACAUGCUCUUCUAUUCUCCAUAUUUGACAUUAAACUUUAGUUCCAGGAUUGAGACCAGAUAAGGCCUUCUUUCUAUUAAUCCCUGAGAGGAGCUCAUCCACACAGUGACCUUUCUUAUUUCUUGGACAGGGGUGUUCCUGGGCCUGGGGCUGAGUGGCUUGGUGCCCACACUCCACUUCAUGAUUGCUGAAGGAUUCAUCAAGGCCACGACUGUGGGGCAGAUCGGCUGGCUCUUCCUCAUGGCGAUCCUCUACAUCCUGGGUGUGGGCCUGUACGCUGCCCGAAUCCCCGAACGCUUCUUCCCGGGCAAGUGUGACAUAUGGGUACGUGUUGUGUGGAAGGAACUGGCCUUUGGGGUGUCUAAGGGCAAGAUAAAUACUGUGAGUCUGAAUUCCCUGCAUCUUCAUGUCAGGUUUGGAAUAUCUCCUUCCUCAAGGGACAGUAAAGCUCAGAGUUGGAAGACACACUUGGCCACAGGAUGUCAAAAGGAUCAGGGGAUGCAGAAGCCCUUUUUCUGCCCAAGACCCAAGAGAAUAAUAAUAAUAAUAAUAAUAAUAAUAGUAAUUUAUUUAUAUCCCGCCCUCCCCAGCCAAGGCCGGGCUCAGGGCGGCUAACAAGCAAUAAUAAAAAUAAGUUGAAUAAAUACAACUUAAAAACAAAAUUAAAAUACAUUAAAAUAUUGAAACAUUAAAAUAUUAAAAUGUAGCCUCAUUGCAGGAGGAGAAAGGAAAAGAAAAAAGAAAGAGGGGGAGAGAAUAAAAUUGGCUCCAAGCCAAAGGCCAGGUGGAACCACUCUGUCUUACAGGCCCUGCGGAAAGAAAUCAGAUCCUGCAGGGCCCUGGUCUCAUGAGGCAGAGCGUUCCACCAAGCCGGAGCCAGAGUUGAAAAGGCCCUGGCUCUGGUUGAAGCCAAUCUAACUUCCUUAGGGCCCGGGACCACUAGGGUGUUGCUAUUUAUGGACCUUGAGGCUCUCCGUGGGGCAUACUGGGAGAGGCGGUCCCGUAGGUACAAGGGUCCUAGGCCUUGAAGGGCUUUAAAGGUCAAAAGCAGCACCUUAAAUCUGACCCUGUACUCCACCGGGAGCCAGUGCAGCUGGAAAAGCACUGGGUGAAUAUGCUCCCAUGGCAGAGACCCUGUGAGGAGCCUCACUGCAGAAUUCUGCACCUGCUGGAGUUUCUGGGACAGCUUCAAGGGCAGCCCCGCGUAGAGUGAAUUACAGUAGUCAAGCCUGGAGGUGACCGUCACAUGGAUCACUGUGGCCAGGUCAGGGCGGGAAAGGUAAGGUACCAACUGCUUGAUGCGGUGGAGGUGGAAUAAUGUCGCCUUGGCUGUUGCUGUAACUUGCGCCUCCAUGGAAAGGGAGGCAUCAAGGAUUACACCCAAACUCUUAACAGAAGGCACUGGCACUAACUGGGCCCCCGCAAGAGAAGGGAGUUGGUCCCUCAUCCCCAUGCCAUCCCGACCCAGCCAUAGGACCUCUGUCUUCGAAGGAUUUAGUUUCAAUCGGCUCCCACAAAACCAUCCAGCCGCAGCUUUCAAGCAUCUGGUCAGUGUGUUCGGGGCCGAGUCGGUGUGGCCAUCCAUCAGCAGAUAGAGCUGAGUGUCAUCAGCAUAUUGGUGACAGCCCAGCCCAAAGCUCCAGACAAUCUGGGCAAGGGGGCGCAAAAAGAUGUUAAAAAGCAUCAGGGAGAGGAUUGCGCCCUGCGGCACACCACACACCAAGGAGUGGCGCAACAACAUUUCCCUCCCUAGUGCCACCCUCUGACCCAAUCAGAGAUAAAAGAGCACAGCCAUUUACGGGCUAUGCCCUGUAUUCCCACGUCAGCGAGGCGGUGGUCCAGAAGAUCAUGAUCGACCAUGUCAAAGGCUGCUGACAAAUCUAAAAGGAUCAGCAGUCCUGACCCGCCUCGAUCCAGUUGUCUACGGAGAUCAUCUGUUAGGGCAACCAGAGCUGUCUCGGUCCCGAAACCAGGACGGAAACCGGACUAAAAUGGAUCUAAAGCCGAUAUUUCCUCCAGAAACCUACCAAGCUGUUCAGCAACCGCUCUCUCAAUUACCUUACCCAGAUAUGGAAGAUUUGAAACUGGGCAGUAAUUGGAUAGGUCUAAAGGAUCUAGUGAAGUUUUCUUUAAGAGCGGACACACCACUGCUUCCUUCAAUUCCCCUGGGAAUGUCCCCGUGCCAAGGGACAAAUUGAUAAUUUCAACCAGCGGGGUACGCGCGACAUCUGGACACGCCCUAAUCAGCCAAGACUGCCACGGAUCAAAGAGGCAGGUGGUGGGCCUACCAGCUUAGAGGAAUCUAUCCACAUCAGCAGGGAGUAUCCGAUCGAAAUGGUCCAACACUGGACCUGAAGUCAGUCGAGGGGCCUCCAGUUCAGUCACUGUAUCUAAACUGGCAGGGAGGUCACCGCAGAGCAACAGGACUUUCUCCGCAAAAAAGCUCGUGAAUGCCUCACAGCUGUGGGUCGAAUUUGUGCUUAAAUUUGGUUGUCCUCCUAAGGACGUUAUUGACUUAAUUAUUCUAAAAAGUUGUUCCGGGCGAGAGCUAGCGGAUGCAAUGGUAGCUGCAAAGUAAGAUUUCUUAGCAGCUUUCAUAGCCAUCUCAUAGGCUUUCAUAAGCGUCCUCUAAGAUGUUCUUGAGGCUCCGUCACGAAUCCGUCGCCAUACUCGCUCUAGCCGUCUGAGAUCCCGCUUCAUUUUCCGGAGCUCCUCAGUAAACCAAGGGGCCCGGUUUUGACGGGGUCACAGAGGGCUCUUAGGCGCAAUCUCAUCGAUGGCUGCCAAGAGCUGGUUAUUCCAGUCCUCAACAAGGUCAUCUAACGAGUUGCCAGGAGGAGAAGGGUCCCGCAAGGCCUGACGGAAUCUAUCAGGAUCCACCAGCCUUCGCGGGCGAGCCCAAAUAGGCUCGCCACCCGAGCAGGGGAGGAGCGGGAAGUCAGUCUUGGCUUUCAGAGCGUAGUGAUCAGACCAUGGCACUUCCACAGGGGGGAGCAUGGACGCAUCUAUGCCAGCCCCAAAGAUCAGAUCCAGCAUGUGGCCUGCUUGAUUAGUGGGGCCCAAAACAAACUGGGAGAGACCUAGUGUUGCCAUGGAAGUCACUAGGUCCAGAGCCUGUGAGGAGGGAGCGGCAUCGGCAUGGACAUUGAAAUCUCUCAAAACCAGUAGGCUUGGGAACCCCAAGGCCCAGCCCGCCGCCACCUCCAGCAGGUCUGACAGGGUCUGAAGAAUCAGAUUUAGCAACACUGGCACAAGGAAGCCCCACCAUUUUUGUGAUAUUAAUGCUUGAAUUUGUUUAAGCUUCCUGUAAACCAAGAAUGGGGAACCAGAGGUUGUUGGAUUCCAGAUCCCACUAGCUCCAGACAGCACAGCCAAGGGUCAGGAGCUGAUGGGAGCUGUAGUCCAGCAACAUCUGGGGGGUCAUGAAGGCCCCAUCCCUGAUCUAAAAUACAAUGCAAUACAAAAUGAGACAAUGCAAUCGUUAUACAGUGGUACCUUGGGUUACAGACGCUUCAGGUUACAGACACUUCAGGUUACAGACUCCGCAAACCCAGAAAUAGUACCUUGGGUUAAGAACUUUGCUUCAGGAUGAGAACAGAAAUUGCACGACUGCGGCGGCAGCAGGAGGCCCCAUUAGCUAAAGUGGUACCUCAGGUUAAGAACAGUGUCAGGUUAAGAACGGACCUCCGGAACAAAUUAAGUUCUUAACCAAGAGGUACCACUGUACCUGAAAAACCUGGCCUGGUUGAGAAAUAGCUAAGUGUCCAUUAGAGUUGCUUCUUUCUGUCUCUCUGGGCAGAAAUCUUGCACUUUUGACAGCUUCACAACAGUCAGAUGUUCAACUGGUCUGGCUUUUCUCCCAGCAUGGAAAAGCAUUGAUGCAGUAAGCUUCACUUUAGACAUUUCUGUCUGUUGUGGAGCUGUAAAAUGCAAAGCAAAUUGGCCAGAAUGAAGGAAGCAAUUGUAGUGGCAUUGCAGCUUUAGAUGGUGCCUCAGCAACGCCUACUUCUGAGUAAACAUAACUCACACAGUUUAAUGAAGAAUACAAGUAGCUUAGGCAGGCUGCAUUCUACAAGUGUGUUGGGUACCUUUUAAAAUUAAGCACUAAACUGGGAAGCGAAGCAUUCCUGGCUUCUCUGGGCCAUUGUUUCCCUCCAGGUUUUUUGUUUAAACCCGUUGGUGGGUUUAAAGUAGGGAUGGGGGAACGGGAACCUGUGUCCCUCCAAAUGUCAUUAACCGUUGACCCCCCUUGGUCCCAGCCAGCAGGAGCAGUUGUUGAAGAUGAUGGGCUUGUAGUGCAGGUUCCCCAUCGCUGGUUCACAGGGGUUGGGGGGAAGCAACUCUCCAGCUGGCAAGCCUCACGUGGAGAGAGCCCAUGCCAUCAGAAAUCCUGGGUUCAGCUUCUUUCUCUCUUUCUCUCUCUCCCCCCCCCCCCCCGCUCCCUCUUCUUCCUGCUCCAGUUCCACUCCCACCAAAUCUUCCAUGUGCUGGUGGUGGCGGCUGCUUGUGUCCAUCUCCACGGGGUCUCCCAGCUGCAAGCGUUCCGCUCUUCCUUGGGGGGCACCUGCACCGAGAACACUGUGCUCUGA